AUGAUAAAAAUAGAAAACGUUGAUCUCCAAACACGUCACCUCGUUGACGAUUUACCGAGUCCGUCAGCAUCUCCGCCACCUCCGACAGCAUCACCGGUUUUAACCGCGGGUUCUCCGGGAAAUUCUCCAGACGAUCAAAACACUCCCGUCAUGCUCACGACCAUGCAACCCGUUCCUCUUAACAUAAUGGACAUACCGAAAGAUUACAUGACGAAUGCGUACGUUGACGACGGUAGUAGUAGCAGACACCACCAGGAAUUUAUUUAUCAAGUAGAUGGUAAAAAUGUUGAAAUCGUUCGUCAAGAUGAUUUGCCUCCGGGUACCGUAUCCGUUGUCGUACAGCAACCUGGAGGACUGUUGCCGGCAUACCAAACUCCUGGAACAACCGUGCUCGUACUCUCGGAGCUUGUUGAGGACAUUGCGCCUGUUAGGUACGAAGGUCACGCAAUAAAUUCAUAA